CACAUGCACGAAAGCCAAGACCAAAGUUCAAUGCCUUGAAUGUGGUUGUUGAUGAGUUUAAUUAUAUUAUUAAUUAUCCAUGAGACAGGCUGCCCACAAGAUGGAAUUUGCAAAAGAGAGGAUGGUAUUCCAAGGGAUGGCAUGCUGUGUGGUUUAUGUAAGGAAAGUGUGGAGGAUGUUAAUCAUCUAUUUUGCACAUGUAAGAUAGCUUGGUCAGUAUAGGUUAAGGUGAUUCGGUGGUGGGGCUUGGAGGUUGUAAUGCCGGAUAAGGUGAGGGGUGUGGCAGAUUUUUUCUUAUGGUGUUUGGGUUGAUUGGUGGGUAAGGAGAUGGGAGCAUGUAUUUUUCUUGUUGUUGCUUGGCAUAUAUGGUAUUAGAGGAAUGUCUUGGUAUUUCAGAAGCAUGGGGAGUUUAGGGAGCAAUUGUUAAAAUUAAUUCAAGGUAAGUCUUUUUUUUGGGUUAGGAAUAAGGUGGAGGGGUGUGUUUUUUCUUUGGUUCAGUGGCAGAACAAUCCAGUGGAAUGUGCAAAGGAAUUGAUCCGAUACAAGAAGUCUUCGAAGAUUUUUAAGCAGCAACAGGGGAGGCGUCUUCAACCUAAUUCCUGAGGCUGGGACGUAAAUGCAAAGCCUGGGGUGCGGUUUGAUCACCGUCUGCUGUGCUGGAACUUUUUCUUUGUGCUGAUGAUUGUUUUUAGAGUAAUGGUCUGUUGGGUUAUGUUGUUUCAUUUAUGUGUAAAAGCGCAGGAGCAUCUUUGUGCUCCAUUAAAAAUAAAUAAAUAUUUUAUUU